AUGUGGCAACCCGGCUUGAUGGACACGGAAAAGAGGCGUCUGCUGCUGGUGUCUAACUCCACAUUGCACGGCGGGGGGUACCUGGACCACUGCCAGGCCCACAUCUCCACCUUUUUCGGGAGGCUGAAGAGAGUGCUCUUCGUACCGUACGCGCUCCACGACAGAGACGGAUACGCCUGCCUAGCAAGGACCAAGUUCAACAGCCUGGGUUAUGAGCUGGAUAGCAUCCAUGACGCAGAGGAUCCUCGAGAGGCUGUGAGGACAGCAGAGGCCAUCUUUAUAGGAGGAGGGAACACCUUCCGACUGCUCAAGUGUCUCUAUGACAACCAGCUGGUGGCUGACAUCAGGAGGAGAGUUCUAGAGGACGGCAUUCCCUACAUGGGGUCCAGUGCUGGGAUCAACGCAUCGACUAUCAGCAUCAGCACCACAAACGACAUGCCCAUCCUCUGCCCUCCCUCCUUCUGCGCCCUCGCCCUGGUCCCCUUCAACAUCAACCCCCACUACCUGGACUACGACCCUCGCAGCACCCACAUGGGGGACACCAGAGAGCAGAGGAUUCUGCAGUACCAUGAGGAACCUGACACGCCCCCUGUACUGGCUCUGAGGGAGGGCUGUGUUCUGAUGGUGGAGGGGAACCAAGCGACUCUACUGGGAGGCUCUGAGGCCCGCCUCUUUACCAGAGGAAAGCCGACUGUGGAGUAUAACACAGGAAGUGAUCUCAGCUUCCUGUUGACUGAUGAACACUAACGAAUCAGAGAUCUUGUUUCGGCCAGCUUUGGUCGAUUGUGUGUAAAUAAAGGUCUCUCAGCACUCCCUCUCUCUCCUCCUCCUUCAUGUUGCUGAUAAGGCUCUGGAGUCAAAGUCCGAUCUGAUAAGAUCAGCAGUAGAAGAACACUAGAGACAUGUGAUUAAACAAAUAGGUUUAUUAGAGUUCAAACGUGAAAUCGUCUCGGUCAUGAUUAAUAAUCAUUUGGAGCCCAACGUGCAAGAAAACAUUGCAUCAUAAAAAUAGUUAGCCUUGUGACGCUCUGAUAGAAAAGGACAACAAAGUGAUGCUAUAGCAACCAAGGUGGUCAGUGAGGGGUCUGGUUCUGUCAAGACUCUUGGAGAGGCAGGAGGGUAUGUGCUUUAAACUGGAUUAUGACAUGAUGGGCAUCGCUCUACUGUCUCCUUGCCCCCCAUACCUCCUGGAGGGGGGGUCACGGGUCACAUGGGUGAAAACUUGAGUUUGUUUAUAGAUUUGAUUUUGCACUUUUAUUUGUAGUCAAUGUUUUAAUAAUCACUUAUUUUAAAUCCAUGGUAUGAAUGUGUACCCAAUAUGGGCAAAUCGAUGCUAAAACCAUUCCAUCAAUUAUUUGUAUUCUCCACAUGCUAAAAUCAUUGUAUAAAUUAUUGAAUAUCUCCACAUACGCACGCACACACACAUUCAAAGUUGUUAUGGAGAAAUGAUUAAA